AUGGCCGCAAUUCACUUUUUCUUGGUGCUCCUGAUCGGGAGUACUCUCACACUCAGCAAGGAAAUAGAACAGAAAGCGAAAGUAUCCGAGCUUCUAGAGAAUGGCAUCAAGGACGAGCCAUCAGGCAAGCCGGUGAAGCGAGGAAUCAUUUCAGGUGGACACGGAUACAUUUCGUCCGGAAUCUCCCACGGAAUUGGCGGUGGUAUCAGCUACAGCAGCGGAAUCGGAAGCGGAAUUGGAAUCGGGAGCGGAAUUGGAAUCGGGAGCGGAAUCGGAAUUGGCAGUGGGAUUGGUAUUGGAAGUGGUAUUGGAAUCGGUAGUGGAAUUGGCAUUGGUGGUAUUGCUGCCGGACCCGGUAUCGCUGUAGGAGGACCUGGCAUCGCCGUCGGUGGUGCAGCAAUUGCUGCUGCACCAGCUGUCGCCGUUGCCGCUGCACCAGCCGUAGCUGUCGCCCCCGCAGUCGCCGUCGCCCCCGCUCCAGCCGUGCAAACAUCAGUCUCAGUCCAACCAAACCCGGUCAUUUUGCGUCAAGAAGUUCCCCGCUUCAUCACAAGAACUAUCACGCGCGACGUUCAGGUCCCAGUACAAGUUCCAGUGCAGGUUCCAGUCGACAGACCAGUUCCUGUACCCUACAGAGUCCCCGUACCUGUACCAGUCGACAGGCCAGUACCAGUCAUCCACAAAGUACCUGUUGAGAUCACAAGACAGGUUCCAGUGUAUUACGAGAGGAAGGUUCCCUACCCAGUCAAAGUACCCGUUUCAGUACCUGUCCCAUACCCAGUGACGGUAGAGAAGCAAGUACCAGUUGACCGCCCCGUGUACAUCAACCGUCAAGUGCCAGUGCCGUAUCCGGUGCACGUCGACCGUCCAGUAAGUGUACCUGUCCCAGUCCACGUUGACAGGCCCGUGCCCGUACCACAGCCCGUCGUAGUCGAUAGACCUGUACCCGUACCGCACCCAGUGGUCGUCGACAGGCCAGUGGCAGUUCAGACUGCGGCUGUCGCUGUACCAGCUGUAUCUUCUGUGGCUGUCCCAGCUGUUUCUAGCGGUAUAGCGAUUGGUGCUGGAAUCGGUUCGGGUAUUUCCAUUGGCCACGGUCUUGGAACCAGUAUCUCAGGAUACGGGGGCUCUUACGCCAGCUCAUACGGCUCUUAUGGAGGCAUCGGCGGCAUCGGCAGCAUCGGCAGCAUCGGCGGCAUCGGCAGCAUCGGCGGCAUUGGCCACUCCUUAGAGUCCUUCGGCCAUUCCAUUCACUAG